AUGGUCGUAAGCAGUGAAUGCACUAAUCCAACCGAAUUCGUCCGACGGAUUUUCUUGAACCAACGGGGGUGGAGUAGCAUCGUGGGGGGGGGGGGGGGGGGGGGGGGGGGGGGGGGGGGGGGGGGGGGGGGGGGGGGGGGGGAGGGGGUGGGGAGUGGAGUGUGGGGGGGUUUGGGGAAAGAUGGGAGUGAUGGGGGGGGGGGUGGGGGGGGGGGGGGGGGGGGGGGGUGGGGGUGGGGGGGGGGGGGGUGUGGGGGGGGGGGGGGGGGGGGGGGGGGGGGGGGGGGGGGUGGGGGGGGGGGGGGGGGGGGGGGGGGGGGGGGGGGGGGGGGGGGGGGGGGGGGGUGGGGGGGGGGGGGGGGGGGGGGGGGGUGGGGGGGGGGGGGGGGGGGGGGGGGGGGGGGGGGGGGGGGGGGGGGGGGGGGGGGUGGGGGGGGGGGGGGGGGGGGGGGGGGGGGGGGGGGGGGGGGGGGGGGGGGGGGGGGGGGGGGGGGGGGGGGGGGGGGGGGGGGGGGGGGGGGGGGGGUGGGGGGGGGGGGGGGGGGGGGGGGGGGGGGGGGGGGGGGGGGGGGGGGGGGGGGGGGGGGUGGGGGGGGGGGGGGGGGGGGGGGGGGGGGGGGGGGGGGGGGGGGGGGGGGGGGGGGGGGGGGGGGGGGGGGGGGGGGGGGGGGGGGGGUGGGGGGGGGGGGGGGGGGGGGGGGGGGGGGGGGGGGGGGGGGGGGGGGGGGGGGGGGGGGGGGGGGGGGGGGGGGGGGGGGGGCGGGGGGGGGGGGGGGGGGGGGGGGGGGGGGGGUGGGGGGGGGGGGGGGGGGGGGGGGGGGGGGGGGGGGGGGGGGGGGGGGGGGGGGGGGGUGGGGGGGGGGGGGGGGGGGGGGGGGGGGGGGGGGGGGGGGGGGGGGGGGUGGGGGGGGGUGGGGGGGGGGGGGGGGGGGGGGGGGGGGGGGGGGGGGGGGGGGGGGGGGGGGGGGGGGGGGGGGGGGGGGGGGGGGGGGGGGGGGGGGGGGGGGGGGGGGGGGGGGGGGGGGGGGGGGGGGGGGGGGGGGGGGGGGGGGGGGGGGGGGGGGGGGGGGGGGGGGGGGGGGGGGGGGGGGGGGGGGGGGGGGGGGGGGGGGGGGGGGGGGGGGGGUGGGGGGGGUGAGGGGGGGGGGGGGGAGGGGGGGGUGGGGGGGGUGGGGGGGGGGGGGGGGGGGGGGAUUGGGGGGGUGUGGGGGGGGUGGGGGGGGGGGGGGGGGGUGUGGGGGGAGGCGGGGGGGGUUUUUUGGCGGGGUGGGUUGGUGGUGUGUUGGGGUGGGGGUGUGGGUGGUUUGGUGUUGGGUGGGGGGGUGGGGGGGGUGUGGGGGUUGUGUGGUGUGUUGGGGUUUUGUGGGUGGUGUUGGUUGGGGUGUGGGGGGUGGUGGUUGGGUUGGGGGGGGUUUGGGGGGGGUUUUUGUUGGUGUGUGGGGGGGUGGGGGUUUUGGUUUUUUGGGUUGUUUUUGGGGGUGGGGGGUGUGGGGUGGGUUUGUGGGUGGGGGGGGGGUGGGGGGGGGGGGGGGUUAA